CCGUCCAAUCGGAGGAACGCCAGACCGGGCGCUGGCCAAUGGCGUGCGAGCCCCGCCGAGAGUAAUGUUAGAGAGCUGAAGACACUGCGUAUCGCCUAUGUUCUCUCACACACAGCCAUUGCAGAGCAUUGAGAUCCAGCGAUAGUCCCUAGAUUUGGUCAUCAGGAUGGGGAGAGAACCAGGAAAGCCAAGGGGCAAGAUGUCCUCUUAUGCAUAUUUUGUCCAGACCUGUCGGGAGGAGCACAAGAAGAAACACCCUGAUGCUUCGGUCAACUUUGCCGAGUUCUCCAAGAAGUGCUCUGAGCGGUGGAGGACAAUGUCUCCCAAGGAGAAGAGCAAAUUUGAGGACUUGGCCAAGCAGGACAAGGCACGCUAUGAGAGGGAGAUGAUGAGCUAUGUUCCAGUAAAGGGAGGCAAGAAGAAGAAGUACAAGGACCCCAAUGCCCCCAAGAGACCUCCAUCCGCCUUCUUCAUUUUUUGCUCAGAGUUCCGCCCUAAGGUGAAAGGCGAGUCCCCCGGUCUGUCCAUUGGAGAGGUAGCCAAGAGGCUGGGUGAGAUGUGGAAUGGCACCACUUCAGAGGACAAGCAGCCCUAUGAGAAAAAAGCCGCCAAACUCAAGGAGAAGUAUGAGAAGGAAGUUGCAGCAUAUCGCCAGAAGACCAAAGUAGGUGCUGGAUCAGCAGGAAAAGCUCCAGCCAAGUUUGAGAAGAAGGCAGAUGAUGAUGAUGACGAUGACGACGAAGAUGAUGAGGAGGAGGAGGAGGAAGAUGAUGAUGAUGACGAGUAGAUGGCGAGUGAUAUAUAGUGGUCAUUUUCUUGUUUAUAAAGCAUUUAACCCCUUGUACACACUUCACUUACUGAAAGAAAAUACAUUAGUAUCCAAGGGGUAAAAAAAAAACAAACAAACAACAAAACGACAACAAAAAAGGCUGUGUAUAUCAGUUGUUUUUAUGCUGUACAGUUUUUUUUCUCCUUUUUGUAUAGUUAACACUACACAAGUGUCGUGUCUGUAUCUUUCUGCCAGUCUUAUUUUUCUUUUUCAGUGAUAGUUCCUAGACCACUAUCCUGCCUGGUACAGUGUAAAGGGGUGGGCUUACAGUAUUUACCUUAGAUAGAGGUGCACAGCACAUCAACGUUCUGAGUUAGAUCUGAGUGUUUCUUCCUUUUUUUUUCCCGUUUUCUGUGUGUUUUUACUUUAAAAUGACAUGUUAUCGAAUUUGACGUAUCACAGUUGUUUUACUGAUCUUUAUGUACCACUGUAAUCGCAAAAAUAAGAAAAAAAAAGCCUUGUUUAUUGUUGAAAUUUAAAUUGCUUCUGAUGUCAAUAAACAUUUUUUUUUUAAUAAA